AUCAGCGCUCACCCUUGCAUUUUGGUCACAGUAAAGAUGGCGCCCACCCAUGUACUGAGAUGCUGUCAACGGGGCUUAGCCUGGAUACCUGUUAUUUUUAUCGCCCUGGUUGUCUGCUGGUCCUAUUAUGCAUAUGUCGUGGAACUUUGCAUUUUCACCAUCCCCAGCAUAGGAGAAAAGAUAAUCUACCUGGUGUUCUUUCACCUCUUCUUCAUCAUGUUUGUGUGGUCGUACUGGAAGACCAUCUUCUCCAGACCUGCAAACCCUUCCAAAGAGUUCUGCCUGCCCAAAGCAGAGAAGGAGCAGUAUGAGAAGGAGGAGAGGCCCGAGACGCAGCAGGAGAUCCUGUGGCGAGCUGCCAACAACCUGCCGCUGUACACACGCACUGGGGCCGGAGCUGUCCGAUACUGCGAUCGCUGUCAGGUGAUCAAGCCGGACAGGUGCCACCAUUGCUCUGCCUGUGACAUGUGUGUGCUAAAGAUGGAUCACCAUUGUCCUUGGGUGAACAACUGCGUGGGAUUCUCCAACUACAAGUUCUUCAUCCUCUUCCUGGCCUACUCGCUGGUGUACUGUUUGUUCAUUGCAGCCACCGUUCUGCAGUAUUUCAUCAAGUUCUGGACACUUUGCCGGAGGAAAUCGGCAGAGAACUGCCCCAAGAAUGAGCUGCCAGACACUCACGCCAAAUUCCAUGUCUUGUUUCUCUUUUUUGUGGCGGCCAUGUUCUGCAUCAGCAUUCUGUCUCUCUUCAGCUACCACCUGUGGCUGGUAGGGAAGAACAGGUCCACCAUAGAGGCAUUCAGAGCGCCCGUUUUCAGGACCGGCUCUGACAAGAACGGCUUCUCCUUGGGCUUCCGCAAGAACAUCGGCCAGGUGUUUGGAGACCAGAAGAAGUACUGGCUGCUACCAAUCUUCACUGGUCAAGGAGAUGGUCAGACGUUCCCCACUCGCUUGGUCAGUUUGGACGCAGAACAGGCCACAGUCACCUUGCAGCGACCAGAGGCCAAUAAAAGCGCUGAGAAUGUUCCAGCAAGUCCACUCAGCGACUCCCAAAACCGUCUCCUUAGCAACGACCAGCACGCCAACAACAUUGCCGAGGAGCACCUGGAGAAGGGCACCCUGGAACCAGCUGAAAGUGACACAAUCACAAUAUCCAUGGAGAGCGAGUCAUAACCAGGAGAAAACGCCAGCCGUUUUUAUAUAAUGCCUUAAGCAAUGCUACACUUCAGUUGGUUGCCAUGGAAACAACCUCCUCCUAGCGCUCCACUCAUCAAUACAGACAUGACCCACUCGGCAUAGCCCUGGACACGCAUGCCUUAUACUCAUCCACCGGGGAGACAGCAGACAGGCAGCCUUGUUAAACAUCAGCAGCUUGGCCACACACACGUCACUCCCACCCCCCCUAUACACAGUCUAAAUCAUGCACACUGUCUUUUAUUUACCUUGAUCAAAAGCUGAUAAUUAUUGCAACUCACAUUGAUCUUAGACUGUUAAUGAAUGCAAGCAUCACAAGAUGAUGGCAGGAAUAAUAAUCAAUCACAAUGUUACUGUGCCAAAAUCUGAUUGGAAGUCACAGGAAGCAGAAAAGGAUAGGAACCAGUCAGUACUGGGAACUGGACAUUGGGACUGUAGUGGUUUUUCUACAGAUUUUUCACUCUGGUUGUAGAAGGGGUGCAUGAAUGGCACCCUGACUGGUAUUACUAGAUAGAAGAUACUUUUUUGUGUUAACUUGUGUUUGAGCUAGUGCUUGGAUUACACCAUAGAUGGAUAUCAUGGCUAGGAACUGAAAUCUGGACUGUACCCCAAAAGCUCCCCUCGUGUAUGAAAUGCUGGACUUAACCAUGCUGAGGUGAAAGGGCACAGACCCCAGAGUUUGAUAUCAAAGCACAAGAUGGCGCAUUUGCACUUUCUAGAUUAAGUUUUGACGUCCAUCGGAUCAAAUGCUUUUUAUCAUGUCCAAAAAGAUUAGGGAUGUUUGUGUGUUCUUUCUAGAAUGAAGAGUGUGUGUGCGUUAGUGUUUACCUCUGUGUGUGGGGACAGGGAUAAGCGCUUGUUGUUGUUGGAAACUAGAAUGAUCAGCUUUAUGUGUUCAUCUGUUAGCUUGAUUUAGUUCAGUGUCAUCGGCAUUGAUAAACGAUUGUUUUUACAUAUCGGACUACAACCUCCUCACCUUCAAAGCCCACCUUUGGUUGCCAAAUAAAGGGCUGACCUACCUGGAACUCUUACUUCUGAACAGUGAAGUGUUUACAACAUGUGAGCGAUGAUAGCUCUGCUUUCACCUCAUUAACCAGUGUCAUAGAAACCAAAUGAAAAUAUAUUUUAUUUUUCCUCGCAAGGUUUACCUGUGCACACCUGUGGUUGCUGCAGAGCUCCCUGCAGUACUAGCGAUAGCCAGCAGGGGGCCCUACCACACUCCUAGCUGUUAGGACUCCUCCAGCUGUGUGUCAUGUGAUGUACUUAUCAACUGUUCAGAAUUUGUUGUUCAACCAAAAAGUAGUGCCUCACUGCUUAUGGUCACCUCUGUGGCAGUCCACACAACCAUUUUGUACAUGGAAAUGAAUCCUGUGUCUUUGCAGCCCAGCUUGGCUUGUGUAAAGUGCUGCGUUAUGAGCUGUAUUGUGUCAUUGUUUAACAUUUGUGACUGAGAUGAUGUGAAUGACUGAACAGGGUCGUGAAAGGCUGGAUGUCAUCAUAUGACAGAUAAAGGUUUUGGAUACCAACAUAAUUCAGUAUCAAACCAAAUACUUAAACAUGGCUGUACUGUGUUAAGAUCAAAGGCUGAAAUGUAUAUAAAGAAAGGCCAGUAUGGACAUCUGUCAAGCCCCGGUCAUGUCCAAUUAUACAACCUGCUGUUCCUGUGCUGUGGAGUUACAGUAGUGAUGUGUGUGUGUGUGUGUCAGUGGAAAUUGUGACGUCAUACUGAAUGUACUACAAAGGGACAAUGCUAGUUUGUGGGCACAGCCUUUUUUGUACUGCAUUCUUUUUCAUAUUUUACUCCUGCCUUUCCUGGUCCUGAUCCCUGAGACUCCCUGACCUGCAAGUUUUAGAUGUUUCCCUCUUCCAACACACUUGGUUCAAAUGAAUGGGUUGUUAUCAGGCUUCUGCUGAGCUUGACCCAUUCAUUUGAAUCAGGUGUGUUGGAAGAGAGAAACAUCUAAGACAUGCAGGGCAGGGGAUUGAGAGGACCAGGAUUGGAAACCACUUUUACUUUUCAAUUUCCUUUUGGCCCAGACCAUAUCCGUUUGUCCAGCCCUUUCUCCCCGCUAGCUGAUAGAGCAGAGACAAACUUCUGGAGGUUGUCUCUGCAGCCAGAGCCAGCGUGUUCUUAGUAUAAUAGAAUUAUAAGAUUCAAGAUGGGCUAUGUUUAGUUGUGAAAUACACUAAUCAUCAUUCCUUAUUUCCUAUAAAAAUGCGGUUUCUAGAUAUCUGGCCAAGUACCCCUCUUCACUCUCUUGGUAAUGGUUUUAAUGCAUAUCCUUUAUGAUAUGCUGCUCUCCAGUCUAGCCAGUUAUUUCUGUGCUUCAGAUGGACCUACUUAUGUUGCUAGCGCAUUGCCCGAGACACUACCUGUGUCAAACUUCAACUUGAGUGCUCUUUUAUAAUGUUUCUUCUUGGGAGAAAUGCCUCUGAAUGGCCACACAUAUCAGAGUUUUUAUUAACACAUUACUUAUGUACAUAGCACUACUGCUUAAACGCAUGAAGCUUAGCUGUUUACGUGUUUUUUGUGGUGGGAGGGGGGGGAUAACGCUGUUUCAAACUAUCAUAUUUUCUUAUUUUUAACUUUCAGCAGACUUAUCUAUCUUUCAGGCUCAUACUUAUGUUCCACACAUCCAUAUAACUGAAGCCAUAGUGAUUCCUUUUAACAAAGGGAAUGUCAAAUGUCCAUAAUGUUGGACUUGUUUUGGUGAUGGUUUUACUUACCCACAACCUCUCUGCAUGCACAGUGCAGGUGUAUUUGUACUCUGCUUAUCGCAAGCUUAAUAUUUUCCUUUGUUACAAUGUCAUGUUUUACAAUGUGUGUAAAUAUAUUGAUUAUGUAAAAACACUGCGUAUAUAUUUUUCUUGUCCGAUUAAUUUUACCGUUCCUAUUUUGUGAAUGAAGUAAUUGCUUAUAUAUGGUUAUUAACAUGGAGAAAUAACAAUAAAUGUUUUUUUAAAUCUU